AUGUUUGGACCGGGAUUGGACGGAAACAGACCACGAUGUGCUCCAUUUUGGGAUGACUUCUUUGCUUGUGUAGUGAAGAAUGGCCGUAAUGAGCAGUGGGCACUCUGCAAAGAACAGAGGGAAGAUUUUAUGGAGUGUCUACAUCACAAGAAACUGGUACGCUUUUCGUUCAUCUUUUUGUUUCUUUGAGUGACUUUGAAAACGUUUAAUGCAAUGCAAGGGACGAUAGUUAUUUCCAAGCACCUAUAUUUCAUAUUUUGUGGUUCCCUUGGUCUCCUGCGAUUCUACCUCUAGCACAAACCAAGGUAGACAAGGUGUGGAAAUUUACUGUGCAAAUUGUUCAUAGCUCGAUAAAACUUUAUUAUUUCCUAGACUGUGUAAUCAAGGUAGCCAACUCCCACCCCCCGUACUAGAUACCCAUCACAAUAGUGAUAUAUACCCCAAGAGCAAAUUUUUGAGAAUCAAGUGCUGUCUCUAUCGUAUUCAUUGUUAGUAUUUGAUGCUAUUCCCCUAGUACCUAUUUAAUAUAUCAAUCCAUACUAACUCAUAUUUUUAGAGCAAGAAAAGUUUACAAUGACUUCUCUUGUUUGUUGAAUUACUGACUAUUCAAUGUCUGCCUCCCAAAAAUUCUUGAAAUACCUGCAAGAGUGGGAAAGGGGCCUUGUAAAAUCCCUGAAAUGUAAGUUGGUAUGUUCCAUUUGUUCUUCGUAGUACACAAGGGUUCAAAAGAUCAAGAGGCAGAAAGAAAAGCUGAUAAAAGCUGGAAAAUGGCCACCUAAGGAGGAAAGUGCGUAA